AUGAGCAAGAAGGAAAGUAAGAGAGUUUCUUGCGUGGUGGUAGAGGUGGUGGUGGUGAGUCUAAUUGUUCAUACAAGAGCUGGUGUUGAAGAUGGUGAUGGUGGUGUCCAUAGAAGGCUUGUGGCUGUUCUUUUUCAACCGUGUCCUGGUCAUCUUCAUCUUCUCCUUCCUCUUCUACAUGUCUUGAAGCUCGAACUUGGUUCUGGUUCUGAAGAUGUUGAAGAUGAUGAUGAUGAUGAUGAAUGCUCUGAGGAUCCAGACUCAGACCCUUGUUGUGCUUGUCCUGGGUAUAGAGAAGAGGAAUCCUCACUUUGGGCUAUAAAAGCCCUUGAUGCCACUAGUGUGGCAGUGUUUUGGUCAGAAAGGAGAUUAAAGAUCUUUGUGAGCUCAUCACUGCCCUUUCUCUCUCUGCUGCUGCUACUUUGCUGUGCCUGUCUUUUCGGCCGGUGGACCGAACAAUGUGACCGCCUUGAACUUCCACGAUCUCGCCGCCGGAGUUUCUUAGCCCCAAUCUCGACGAUGUUGUCCGGGGCCGUUGCUGGUGGUGGUCUUGGUAAUGAGCGUCUCCCAUUUUUUCGCCCAAUUUUGCAUAUUCGGAGUUUUGCUCCACCGAUGAGCAAGAAGGAAAGUAAGAGAGUUUCUUGCGUGGUGGUAGAGGUGGUGGUGGUGAGUCUAAUUGUUCAUACAAGAGCUGGUGUUGAAGAUGGUGAUGGUGGUGUCCAUAGAAGGCUUGUGGCUGUUCUUUUUCAACCGUGUCCUGGUCAUCUUCAUCUUCUCCUUCCUCUUCUACAUGUCUUGAAGCUCGAACUUGGUUCUGGUUCUGAAGAUGUUGAAGAUGAUGAUGAUGAUGAUGAAUGCUCUGAGGAUCCAGACUCAGACCCUUGUUGUGCUUGUCCUGUUCCAGCUUUCGAUUGA